UAUUUCUGUGUUAGGAGUUAUCUUUAUGUUUAGUAUAAAUAUAUGUAUUUAGCAGAGAUUCUGGAAGGAGAAGAAAAAUAUCAUAUUUGUUUUUAUAUUUGGAGAUUUGUCCACUUCAUACGGACUUAGUUAUUGGUUAAUGCAGUGUUUAAGAUUCUUGCACUUCAUUAAAUCAGUAAAGUUUUAUUUUCAUCUUGGUUUCUAUCAGUUUGGUAUCAGAGCAGAUCGAUCCAAUAUGGUCAAUACCAGAUCUUCUACUUCUCAAGAAAACACUCCCAAUGUUGAAUCUCUUGCCCAACAAUUAUCUGUCAUAGCAUCAAAACUAAAUACUAUUGAUUCGUUGGCAGCAGAAGUGGCUACAUUGAAAGCCCAGAAUGGUUACACCCAAGAAGGGGAAACCAGUCACCGGACCCAUAAUGGAGAAAAAAUUGUUUGGCGAGAAGAGGAAGAAGACAUUUAUAGCCCAAUGUGGCUAAAAAAUCCUUUCCGGAGCCCACACACAAAGAUGAAAUUUCCUAGAUUUGAAGGAGGUGAUCCCAGGGGAUGGAUUUUGAAGGCAGAAAAAUAUUUUAGCAACUAUCAAACUCCAGAGGAACACAAAGUUGACAUCGCAGCGAUGUAUUUGGAAGGUGAUGCUCUUGAUCUCUUCUCUUGGAUAAAUCGUGAGCGGACUUUGCUUUAUUGGGAAGAGCUUGUUAAAGCAUUGCAGGAAAAUUAUGGUCCUGCGGAGUUUCAAAAUCCCGACGAGCAUCUUUGUAGCAUUCAACAAAAAGGUUCUAUACAGGAGUAUCGUCAAGAAUUUGCAAAAUUUUCGUCUAGGGUAACAAACUGGCCAGAUCAUUGUCUUUUAGGGGUGUUCUUGAAUGGGCUAAAAGAGGAAAUUAAAUCUGAUGUUAGGAUUCACAAGCCCAGAACAGUUUACAGAGCCAUGAGUUUGGCACUCGAAUUUGAAAAUAAAUUAGGCCCAAUCAAUGGAGAGUCUAAUUGGACCCCAACCAGCAGAUCCACUAUACAAAAAUCAGUGCACUCUUCUAUAAACACCCAUAACAAUAGUAACUCUUCACUUCAAAAUCUACGCAACAAUGCUUCUCCCAAUCCAUCCACUUCCCAACUUCUUCAAAUGCAAACAUGGGAAACUAAGAGGAGAAAUCUAAUGGCACGGGGACUUUGUUAUCGUUGCCAUGAGAAAUUUGCACCCGGUCUUAAAUGUAAAUUUGCGAAAUUGUCUCGCAUGGAGCUUACAUGCGGAGAUCAAUUGGAAGAUGUUGAUUGGGUUAAUGCAACAACUGUUGGCGACUCUCAAGAAACUAACAUUGCUGAAAUUUCAUUCAAUGCCAUUUUGGGACAGUCAGUUGGUUCUACAAUGAAGCUUCAAGGUGAAAUCAACCAUAGAAAGGUUUUAAUAGUUGUGGAUAGUGGUUCCACACAUAAUUUUGUGGUUGAAUCUGUUGUAGAGAAGCAUAAGCUCCCAGUAGAGAUAGUUCCAACAUUUGGCAUGCAAAUAGGGAAUGGGGCCAUCAUUCGCUGCAAUAAAGUUUGUCAGAAUCUUCAAAUUCAAUUGCCAGGUUUUACCAUCACUCAGGAUUAUUAUCCUUCUACACUUAGAGGGGCUAAUUUGGUUUUUGGUAUCAACUGGUUAGUUUCUCUCAAUACUAUUCAAGCUAAUUGGAAGGAUAUGUUCAUAAUUUUCAAUUGGAAAGAGAAACGUUACAAACUGCAAGGGAUGAGAUCGGCUAGUUCAAUGGGUUGA